CGGCGAGCGAGGGCGCGAGCCGAGCGGGGAAGCGAGAGCGCAGGGGAGAGCGCACACGCACACCCGCCCCGCGCGCACUCGCGCGCACAGACCCGCACGGGGGCAGCUUUGAAGUCCCCGGGCUCCAUGGACGGGAUGCUGCUGCUGCUGGCGAGAUGUCUGCUGGUGGUCCUCGUGUCCUCGCUGCUGAUGUCCCCGGGGCUGGCGUGCGGGCCCGGCCGGGGGUUCGGGAAGAGGCGGCACCCCAAAAAGCUGACCCCUUUAGCCUACAAGCAAUUCAUCCCCAACGUGGCGGAGAAGACCCUGGGAGCCAGCGGCAGGUACGAAGGGAAGAUCUCGAGAAACUCCGAGCGAUUUAAGGAACUCACCCCCAACUACAACCCCGACAUCAUAUUUAAGGACGAGGAAAACACCGGAGCGGACCGGCUGAUGACUCAGAGGUGUAAGGACAAGUUGAACGCUUUGGCCAUCUCCGUGAUGAACCAGUGGCCAGGAGUGAAACUGCGGGUGACCGAGGGCUGGGACGAGGACGGCCACCACUCGGAGGAGUCGCUGCACUAUGAGGGCCGCGCGGUGGACAUCACCACGUCGGACCGCGACCGCAGCAAGUACGGCAUGCUGGCCCGCCUGGCGGUGGAGGCCGGCUUCGACUGGGUGUACUACGAGUCCAAAGCGCACAUCCACUGCUCCGUGAAAGCAGAGAACUCGGUGGCGGCCAAGUCCGGCGGCUGCUUCCCCGGCUCGGCCACGGUGCACCUGGAGCAGGGCGGCACCAAGCUGGUGAAGGACCUGCGCCCCGGGGACCGCGUGCUGGCAGCGGACGACCAGGGGCGGCUGCUCUACAGCGACUUCCUCACCUUCCUGGACCGCGACGACCGGGCCAAGAAGGUCUUCUACGUGAUCGAGACGCGCGAGCCGCGCGAGCGCCUGCUGCUCACGGCCGCGCACCUGCUCUUCGUGGCGCCGCUCAACGACUCGGCCGCCGCCGAGCCCGAGGCGCCGUCGGGCGCGGGGCCGCCGCCGGGGGGCGCGCUGGGGCGCCGGGCGCUCUUCGCCAGCCGCGUGCGCCCGGGCCAGCGCGUGUACGUGGUGGCCGAGCGCGACGGGGACCGCCGGCUGCUGCCGGCCGCCGUGCACAGCGUGACGCUGCGCGAGGAGGCCGCGGGCGCGUACGCGCCGCUCACGGCCCAGGGCACCAUCCUCAUCAACCGGGUGCUGGCCUCGUGCUACGCGGUCAUCGAGGAGCACGGCUGGGCGCACCGGGCCUUCGCGCCCUUCCGCCUGGCGCACGCGCUCCUGGCCGCGCUGGCGCCCGCGCGCUCGGGUCGCGGCGGGGACGGCGACGGCGGGGGCGGCCGAGUGUCCCCGCCCGCGCCGGGGGAGCCCGACGCGCCGGGAGCCGCGGGCGUGCACUGGUACUCGCAGCUGCUCUACCGAAUAGGCACUUGGCUCUUGGACAGCGAGGCCCUGCACCCGCUCGGCAUGGCCGUCGCGUCCAGCUGAAGCCGGCGCGGCGCGGGGACAGGGCCCGGGGAAGCCGCCGCCGUGGCACGGGCGAAAGACGCGUGGAGAAGGCGCACGGAACGAGACUUCAUCAUCAUAAUAAUUAAUGAUAAUAAUAAAGUAGGACAGUCCAAAGUAGACUAUAAGGAAGCAAAGACCCUGGGAAGUUUUGUUGUUGCGUUUAGUUUAUAUAUAUAUAUAUUUUUGAACUUUUGUUUUGUUAUUGUUUUAUUUUGGUUAUUUUUUUUCUCCUCUCCUGGCUAUUUAUUUGUUUGGUAUGAAUAGAUGUUUUAAAUAAUAUGAACCGGACCUUCAAGAGCCUUAAAUAGUUUGUUUCUUGGAUAAUUUAUUAUUAUCACGUGGACUGUACUCACAGGGGGAAGAUUAUUUUGUGCGGCCAAGCACCCUGCUCAGAGUCUAUUUUUCUACGUCCCUCGCCCUGUCCGGAAGCAAACCCUGGACUGCGCAUUCCUCUCUGGCAGCCUCCUGCUUUUCCGCAAGCGUAAACUCAGACGUGCUUCGUGGGGGUCCACAAAUUAUAUUUUUAUACACAGAAUUGUAAAUUAGAUUUUUUGAGAGAUCAAUACUUAACUGAAUGACAUUUCAUUUUUUGAAAUAGUGUAAAAUAUGAAAAUAUAUUAUUUUAAUUUAACUAGUUUCCAGUGUAACAGCCGUCGCCCGUACCGUGUUCCUGGUUUCAUCUUUGCUUUGUGAUCACCACUUUGCCCACACUGUGGAAGCCAAGACUGUUACACGCACGCACACACACACAUGCACGCACACACACACACAGUUGUGUUUUGUUUUUUUUUUUGACAAACUGGAAGAACUCUGUUAUUUUUAACUUCAAAGAAUUUAUUAGAAAAUAUUUUUUAAAAGUGCACAUAGCAAUGAGCCCACAAGGAUGGAGCCUGUAGUUUGUACAGAGAAAAAACAAAGGAUGUUUUUGCAUUAAUAAAUUGAGAAAUAACUGCUGUAAAUUUACUAAAAUGUAUUUUUGAAUAUUUUGUAAUAGUUUUAUAGAAAUAAAAUGUGCCACGCACAGACUGGUUAGUAUAUAAUUAACUAA